AUGAGAGAAAUCGUUCAUUUACAAACCGGCCAAUGUGGUAACCAAAUAGGUGCUAAAUUUUGGGAAGUUAUUUCAGAUGAACACGGUAUCGAUUACUCUGGUACUUAUGUCGGAGACGCUGACCUCCAGUUAGAAAGAAUAUCCGUUUAUUAUAAUGAAGCCAAUGGUGGAAAAUAUGUUCCACGCGCCGUCCUUGUUGACCUUGAGCCUGGUACUAUGGACUCUGUUCGUGCUGGUCCUUUCGGUCAACUUUUCCGUCCAGACAACUUUGUCUUUGGUCAAAGUGGUGCUGGUAACAACUGGGCCAAGGGUCACUAUACUGAGGGUGCUGAACUUGUCGACACAGUUUUAGAUGUCGUUCGCAAGGAAGCUGAAUCUUGUGACUGCUUACAAGGUUUCCAAAUAACUCACUCUCUCGGUGGUGGUACAGGUGCUGGUAUGGGUACUUUACUCAUCUCUAAAAUCCGUGAAGAAUAUCCUGACCGUAUGAUGUGCACAUUUUCUGUCGUCCCUUCACCCAAAGUUUCGGAUACUGUUGUUGAACCAUAUAAUGCAACUCUUUCUGUACAUCAAUUGGUUGAAAACUCUGACGAAACAUUCUGUAUCGAUAAUGAAGCUUUAUAUGAUAUUUGCUUCCGCACAUUGAAAUUGAAUACACCUACCUAUGGAGAUCUUAAUCAUUUAGUGUCUGCCGUCAUGAGUGGUAUCACCACAUGUUUGCGUUUCCCUGGUCAAUUGAAUGCUGACUUGAGGAAAUUAGCUGUCAACAUGGGUUAUCGCGCCUUGACUGUUCCUGAGUUGACUCAACAAGUUUUUGAUGCCAAGAACAUGAUGGCUGCCUCAGAUCCUAGACAUGGUCGUUAUUUGACUGUUUCUGCUAUUUUCCGAGGUCGCUGUUCUAUGAAGGAAGUUGAAGAUCAAAUGUUGGCUGUUCAAACAAAAAAUAGUUCAUACUUUGUUGAAUGGAUUCCUAAUAAUGUUAAGACUGCCGUGUGUGAUAUUCCACCACGAGGUCUUAAAAUGUCUGUUACUUUUAUUGGUAACUCUACAUCAAUCCAAGAAUUAUUCAAACGUAUUAGCGAUCAAUUCACUGCUAUGUUCCGACGUAAGGCUUUCUUACAUUGGUAUACUGGUGAGGGUAUGGACGAAAUGGAAUUCACAGAAGCAGAAUCUAACAUGAACGAUCUGGUAUCCGAAUAUCAACAAUACCAAGAAGCUACUGCUGAAGAAGAAGCUGAAGAAUAUGAGGAAGAAUUGGAACAAGAUGGAGACAUCUAA